UCAUUGUCCAAAUUAGACCCAAACAAUUAAACACACAAAUUAGACCCAGCUCAGGGACCAAACUUAAAAUAGUGCAUUGUUUUUAAUGCUUUUACUCAGACAGGUUUCAGCACGUGUAUGAUAAGGAGCAUUGUUAGGUUAUGUUAAUGCUCUUUUAUACCACAAGAUGGCGAUAUAGAGCAGCAACAUGGUGUCAUAUAUAUGAACGAAGAUGGUGGCUUUCAGUGAGGAAAAGGUGUCCAUCCCAUUUGGAUCUAAAGUGCUAGGUGGUGCUUUGACGGUUCCUGAAACAGAAUGUGUACAAACAGCUCUCAUCCUUACACAUGGAGCAGGUGGAGAUAUGAACCUGAAGUCAUUAAUGUCACUUGCACAAGCUUCUGCCACUUCUGGUUUGCUCUGCCUUCGAUUCACAUGCAAAAGCCUGAAUCUGGUGCACAGAGUGAAGGCCUAUGAAGCAGCUGUGUCGUACUUGAAAUCCCUUGAUAAGUUUCCGCUGAGUAACAUUUUUCUCGGGGGACGUUCGAUGGGAGCUCGAGCUGCUGUGAGUCUUGGCAGACGAAUGUGUGUCGAGGAAGAUGUUAAUAUCCGAGGUCUCUUGUGUGUGUCUUUUCCUCUACAUCCUCCUGGACAAACACAUACUCAUGUAAAACGUAGUGAGGACCUGAGAGGACUUUCCUACAUUCCUGUACUCUUUGUAUCAGGGACUGCAGACAACAUGUGUGAAAGGCUACUUCUGGAACGUGUUGUGGAGCAGAUGGAAAGCCCAAGCUCUGUGCAUUGGGUGGAGGGAGCCAAUCAUGGACUGGCAGUGAAGGGGAGAACUGAGGAGUCUGUUCUAGAUGAGGUCAACUCACACAUCAUCACAUGGAUACUUAAACAUGUCUGAAGAUAGAUGCUACACUGACAUGGCUGUCUGAUUUUUUUCUAUGCUGCAAACCCAAUACCAGAGGUUGUUGUGUUAUGUUAUAUAUACUGUAUAUUGUGUGUGUGUGUGUGUGUGUGUGUGUGUGAGAGAGAGAGAGAGAGAGAGAGAGAGAGAGAGAGAGAGAGAGAGAGAGAGAGAGAGAGAGAGAAGAGAAAAUAACACUGUUUUGUGUAAAUAAAAGAAUCUUAAAUAUGAUGGUGUGCUUGUGAUUAGAACUGCUGAAGAUACUAAAUAAAUGUGUUCGGUCAACCCUGGAUUCAUGAGAAUAGGCAAAAU